UAACUGUAGUUUAGUUCCGCAUGCGAUGUUCUCGUUCCUGGAGACGUGAAACGUCAGUGUGUAUACAACCCACUUAGCCAGCCCCCUGUCAGUCCCCGGCAAUUCAUUCCAUACAACUGUAAACCAAAGAAGUAAUGUAACUUGUAGAGUAGAGAAUCCAGUAGUCGCACCUCCAGAUUAGUUGUAGAAAAAAAUAACAAAUGGUAAUUUCGACAAAAACAGUGGGUGACACAAAGUGAAUACGAAUAGCUCAGGGACUCAGACUUCUCAGGACUGAAUAUCAUAAUGAAGAGAAGCUCAACUCUAAAUGAAGUGGCUAUGUCAUUUACACCACUAUUGGUUAUAGAACUUGCAAAGAAUGUGAAAUCAGAAGCCAAAGAAUGGCUGAUUAAGAAGAUCACGGAUAAAAAAUCUAAGGGAGGAGCCCAGCUGUUGGCCAGGCCUCUUCUAGAAAAGGAAGAUGAUGCCCAUACAGUAGAAAACCCCAACAUCUAUGUCAUUGGUGCUUCCAGGAAAAGGCUUUUGAUUGGUGCUGAAGCUGCAGGUUUAGUGAAAGAGUGUACUGAUGGAACAAUGAGAGUUUUCACAUACGAUAACAGAAAACUCUUCAGAGAGUAUGAAGAGGAUAAUGAUGAUUUUUUUACAAUGGCUGAACGUCAGUACGUCAUCAAACGUGAGUUGGAGCAUCUUCGUGCAAAGGAUGAGACUAUGAUUCCUGGCUACCCCCAAGCUAAGUUGUAUCCUGGGAAGUCAAUAUUUCGCCGAGCCUUGACCAGUAAAAUUUUAGUUCGUAUGUACCCUUUACAUGAUACAGAGAAACUAAAAAAACUCAGCCAGAUUUGGUAUCGCCAUAUGAAGCCUGCCUUUCAACCCCUGGAUGACAUUCGCCAGUACUUUGGUGAAACCAUUGCAAUUUAUUUUGGAUUUCUGGAGUUUUUUACAUUUGCCCUUAUCCCAAUGGCUAUUAUAGGAAUCCCAUACUAUUUGUUUGCAUGGGAGGAUUAUGAUAAAUAUGUGUUGUUUGCAACAUUUAACCUCCUGUGGUCGACAGUCAUUCUUGAAGUUUGGAAGCGUUUCUGUGCCUACUGGGCAUUCCACUGGGGGACACUGAUAAUGAAAAAGGAAUUUGAAGAACCAAGGCCUGGAUUCCAUGGAGUAUUAGGGAAAAAUCCAGUGACUGGACGAGAGGAGCCCACAUAUUCCAGCCUUCGAAGACAGAUGCGAAUUUACCUAGUAUCAUUACCCUUUGUUUGUUUGUGCCUUUACUUCUCACUUUAUGUGAUGAUGGUAUAUUUUGACUUGGAAAACUGGGCUAUGGCAUAUCACGGGGAGCAUGAGUCACAGUUUAGCAACAUAAUGCUAUAUGUGCCCAGCAUAGUUUAUGCCAUUGUGAUUGAGAUAAUGAACAGGAUUUACAGAUAUGCUGCAGAAUUUUUGACAUCAUGGGAAAACCACAGACUGGAGUCUACUUUUCAGAACCAUUUAAUACUCAAGGUCUUAGUGUUCAACUUUCUAAACUGCUUUGCAUCUCUCUUCUACAUCGCCUUUGUCUUACAUGACAUGAAGCUACUUCGGCAGAGCCUGGCCACUCUAUUGAUCACGUCACAGAUCAUAAACCAGUUUGUUGAAGCACUUCUGCCAUAUUGGCUUCAAAAGAGGAAUAGCAAAAAGGUCAAGAAAAGUUUGAAAUCCCUCAAGGAGGAUGUCGAUCUUACACUAGUUGAGCAGGUCACACUUGAAGGAAACAUGGGCACCUACGUGGGCACAUUUGAUGAUUAUUUGGAACUGUUCUUACAGUUUGGUUAUGUGAGCCUUUUCUCAUGUGUUUAUCCAUUGGCUGCUGUCUUUGCGGUGUUAAACAAUGUGACAGAGAUCUACUCUGAUGCUCUGAAAAUGUGCCAAGUCUUCAAGCGACCAUUUUCCGUACCUACAGCAAACAUUGGAGUCUGGCAGCUUGCUUUUGAAACCAUGAGUGUCAUAUCAGUGGUGACAAACUGUGCCCUUAUUGGAAUGUCCCCACAAGUCAAUGCCUUAUUCCCUGACUCUUCAGCUGAUCUCAUUCUGUGGGUCGUGGGAAUUGAGCAUGUGCUUCUGGCACUCAAGUUCAUUCUGACAUUUGUGAUUCCUGACCUGCCACGUGAAAUCCAGAUAAAACUUGCCAGACUGGAAUUUGAAUCCAUGGAAGCUCUCAAACAGCAGCAAAUGAAGCUAACUGAUGAGUCUUUAACAGAAGAACUGGAGGCUGAUGAUGCAGAUAGCUAAAUGUAUCGAGAAGUCUUUGUUUUUUAUUUCCUUGCCCCCAGAGAAGAGUUCUCAAAAAUUCAUUGUGCUACACUGCUUUUGACACAAGAUGAUACCCUACAGAAAACAAGCUUCCCUUUUUUCCCACUUCACCAGAAACCUCACAGAUGCUGCCUCACAAAGGGCAUAAGUGAUAGAUCCCAGGCUGACUUGUCUAUUUUAUGAGACAGAUACUUUUUUAUUGUUUUUCUGUUUUUACUGAAAUUUAAGUAAUAGUUAUUGCAUUCUUGCAGUCAUUUAUCAGUGUCAUGUUUUGUUUGGCAGUCAGUAGGUGAAUGAUGCUGAUAAAAAAUGUUUUCAGUAUAACCUUGGCUAAAAUAAGUGGAGAAAUAUUUAAGGCUGUUUGAAAAUGUAUCAUUUUACCAGUUAGAUCAUAUUGCAGUGUUCUGUGCAGUCCACUUCCAUUGAAAGCACGAUAAUAAUAAGUACUUCUCUUACUAAGAAGAUUAAUUAUGAGAAUGAUUUGUUCUUUGCAGGUUAAUUAUGAUAUGACUUUGGAAGAUACUAAGAUACAAAAAUUAAUGAAAAUCUAAUGAUGGAGCAUUGUGAUUUUUUGCUGGGUCACUGUUUCUGAAUCACUGGGCACAGAAUGUAUAUAACUAACCACAAAUGAGCAUCCCUUUGAGAUACUGAAAGGCUUCUACUGUGUAUAGGGAUAUAUUGAAGUCACGUACAGUAUGUAGACUUGACUGUGAAUAUCAUAUUCAUUUUUUUUUUAUUUCCUCCCAUGCAGUCUCACACAGUGCAUCACAUACUGUUUCUUGAAGUAUUAAAACUGGUACUGUGGGAAUAGCUUAGGCUAGAAUGUAGAACAUUGUACUGUGCAGAUAUUAGAGAGUUUAUACUGAAUGGAGAAUAAUUAAAACAGUCUGAGCAGUUAUUUUUCAGGUGUUCCUCUUGCCUUUUUCCCUUCUUCUUACUAGCUGCUCAGCAUCUAAUCAGGUUUAUAUAAAGAAAAGGUACCUGUAUGAGAAGAGAAAAAUACAAGUAAACCGCUUGUCUGACAAAAGUACAUUGUAGAAAUAUUUGUAUGCUGUAGAUGUUGCUGUCUUUCAAGACUGGUAACAGCUGCUUGAUUUGUAAGAAUUUCGCUUUAUGUCAGCAGACUCACUGACAGCACUGUUAAUUUUUCCAUUAAAGUACCCAGAUAAAUUGUGGCGCAAUGCUGACAAACAGA